AUGAGCAGUUCUGAAGAUCAAUCGGGAUCGUCGCAGCGAAAGCCUGGCCGUCGCAAGAUCCCUUUGCAAAAGAUAGAAAAGGAGAGCAACCGUCAAGUUACUUUCUCCAAGCGCCGAGAAGGGCUUUUCAAGAAAGCUAGCGAGCUCUGCACUCUUACCGGUGCAGAGGCUGGGGUCGUAGUCUUCUCACCCGGGGACAAACCCCAUUCAUUUGGGCAUCCAGGUAUAAACUCUGUAUCCGACAAGUUCCUCACCCCAGAGAAUAUUGGUGUAGGUAAUCAGCAGAUAGAGGGUCAAUACAUGGAGGGGAUGCAGCAAAAUGGACUUGAUGGUUUGGCUCAAGCUGAGGCCGGGAUAACUGCGGAGAAAGCAAAAAAAGAAGAGCUAGAGAGGCUAAGGAGGGAGAGUAUGAUGCCCCUGGGAGGCGCAGGUUUGGAGGGACUCGGAUACAACCAACUCCAAGUCUUGAAAGAAGCUGUUACCGAUUUUGGAAAGAAUGUGAGCGAUUUAGUUGGGCGAGUGUCUGCUGCCCCACCAGCUGCGAAUGUGAGUGUAGAUUGUCCAUUUGGGGUCGGUCCCAGCAUUAUGGUGCAAUAUAAUGGAAGGACGGGGCAGGGUGCCAGUGGCAGCAGCAGCAGCAACAGCAACACAACCGACAAGAACAAUAAAGGUGGUUAG